UUAUCUUUACAUCUGUGUGACCGUUUUAAUGCAAAUGUGAUGGUGAUUGGGUCAUAAGAUAAACCAAUUAAAACACAAUCUACAAAUGUUGAUAUCUAUGUAAAAUACAACGGAGCCGGACGUCCCAGACAGCCGUAAAGAAAUCAAAGAUUUCAUGGGUAUUUAUUAUUUAAAAAUUCGUGUUAGCUUAAACCAAGGGGGAAACAAGAAUAUCAAUACGUAUCGACGAAGUAUCACAACACCGACGUUUUCGCAUCCUAAACGGAACAAACAGUGCGAUAACUGUGUGUUUGGUUAGAAGGUGUAACCUGUGUGAUUAGCUAAGAACGUUUCUAAUUAGAAAAACCUAAAAGGCAGGUUAAGAUAUGUUCGGCACGGAGAAGAGGUAGCAGCAGUUGGUGCGGCCGCAGCGCGAAUACCACCGGGUGCGAUGUAAACAAUCUGCUUUCGGUGUAACUGUACAAGCUCUUUAAUGCCAAAUGAGGACGAAGAACUUUUUGAUUUUCUUAUUUAGCAUGGUACUUGCUAGUUUAUUCCUCAUAUUGUUUGGACAGCACAAGCCUGACACCCUACAGAACAUUGUCACUAGGACUAACCAGCAGCUUAAGAAUUUUCAUGAGAACCUAAUAGAUGUAGAGAGGAAAAAACUGAUAGCAGAUGAAAAAUACCUUCGCCUUCUGGGCUUCUCGGGCAGACCCAGACUCUUCCCGACAGACGUGUGGAAAAACACGUCCCUCCCAGUAAUAGUGACCUAUGUGUCAGAAGGAGAGCACAGCCAGGCAAUAGGACUAAUAAACAAUGUGGCCAGGGUAUUGCCGAACAAUACGAUUUUAGUUUACAACUUGGGUUUGGACGAAUACAGUUUAAAAUCCACCCUAAACUAUUGCAACAGCAGCAGGUGUCAGAUCGUGCCGUUCGAUCUGUCCCAGUUUCCGUCCCAUGUGGACGACCACAAUUCCAAGGCGUACCGACCGCUCGUCAUCCAAGACGCCUUGAGUCGCACUGGCGCAGUAUUUUUUCUGGAGUCCAGCACAAGGUUGUUGCGCAACGUGACGGCGACGCACAUUCAAAAUUUGUACGAGGACGCGGUGGCCAAACAGGGGGUUCUGGCUUGGCCUAUGUCGCUCAAGAAUCCUGUCUCAAGUCUCACGCACAAAAAGAUGUUCGAAUAUUUUCGUACCGACGUUGAAAACUUCCAGUUCCUGCAGAUGGUUCAAGGGGACUAUCUGAUGCUGAUCAACAUAAAAUCAGUGCACAUUGAUGUGAUGCUACCGUGGGUGCAAUGCGCCCUGACCGCCGAUUGCAUCGUGCCUAUUGGGGCACAAUCGGCCGGUUGUAAAUUCGACAAGAAGCCGCUUUAUAGGUACUCAGGCUGUCACAGCUACGACACUUCCGCACUUAACAUCGCUUUAGGUAUAAAAUACAAAAUAGAUGAUUAUUCAUAUGGCGGAAGUGAUGAGUUGUUUGAAACUGUCACUUUGAGUCAAGCAAACGCGCUUCUCGUACAGCUAGAACAAAAUUCGACCGUGGAAGGGAAAACCGUACAGGCGGAGUCGCCGUAAAAAUGAUACUUUUGGACCAAAUACAUAUUUUGUGUGAUAUAGAAUGUAAGGAAGCAAUACAAAGACAUUUGGGAGUAAUAAUCUUUAAGAACAUUGUUUUGUAUUAUAAUGUACAUAAAUUAUACUUUGUGUGAUAGAAUGCAUGCUGUUUUUUGUAUAGAUGAUUUGUAAUUUAUUUAAACAUCACCAUAACGAAACGUCGAUUAUAAUUUAUGGUCAUGUACCAAUAAGUCAAUCAAAUAAAACGCAAAUAUUCCAAUUCA